UGCACAACUGCACUGAGCAGUCAGCUGCACCUGGUGGGACAGACAUAAUGGUGCAGAGAUUAGGCAGCUGGGCUCCCCUGGGGCCUCUCCUCUCCCUGCUCUUUUCCACCAGCAUGGCGUAUGUUGCUACCAGAGAAAACUGUUGCAUAUUAGAUGAACGAUUUGGUAGCUACUGCCCAACAACCUGUGGCAUUGCAGACUUCUUUAAUAAAUACCAUCUCACUAUAGAUGGGGAGCUGCAGGAAAUGGAGAGACUGUUGCGGCAAAUUUCUAACUCUACAGGAACAACAGAGCAUGUGAUUCAGCACAUCCAAAGCCUCUAUCCUCCAGAGAAGCAGACCCUACCAAAUUCAAUUGAUGAUUUUACUAAAAAGUCCAGGAAAAUAAUUGAAGAAAUUAUCAGAUAUGAAAACACUAUUUUGUCUCAUGAAACUACUAUACAACAGUUGACAGAUACACAUAUACUGAACAGUAACAGGAUCUCACAGCUGAAAGAGAAGAUAGCCCAUCUUGAGUCACUAUGUCAGGAGCCAUGCAGAGACACGGCUGAAAUACAGGAGACAACUGGAAGAGAUUGUCAAGACAUUGCAAACAAAGGUGCCAGGAAAAGUGGUCUUUACUUUAUCAAGCCUCAAAAAGCCAAGCAGUCAUUCCUAGUCUACUGUGAGAUUGACUCAUACGGCAAUGGCUGGACAGUGUUACAGAGGAGACUUGAUGGGAGUGAGGACUUCAAGAAAAACUGGGUUCAGUACAAGGAAGGAUUUGGACAUCUGUCUCCAGAUGACACCACUGAAUUCUGGCUGGGAAAUGAAAAGAUUCAUUUAAUAACUACACAGUCUGCUCUGCCAUACACCUUACGAGUAGAACUGGAGGACUGGAGUGGCAAAAAAAGCACUGCUGACUAUGCUGUAUUCAAAGUGGGAAGUGAAGAAGACAAGUAUCGACUGACCUAUGCCUACUUUAUUGGUGGUGAAGCUGGGGAUGCCUUUGAUGGCUUUAAUUUUGGAGAUGAUCCAAGUGACAAAUCCUUCACCUUUCAUAAUGGCAUGCGGUUCAGUACCUAUGAUAACGACAAUGAUAACUAUGCUGGCAACUGUGCUGAGCAAGAUGGAUCUGGAUGGUGGAUGAAUAGAUGUCAUGCUGCACACCUCAAUGGCAAAUAUUACAAAGGUGGUGUGUACACAUCAAAUGAUGCUGGUCCAUCUGGAUAUGACAAUGGCAUUAUCUGGGCAACCUGGCGUGACCGGUGGUACUCUAUGAAGAAAACUGCAAUGAAAAUCAUUCCAUUCAACAGACUAUCAAUAGACGGACAGCAGCACAACUUAGGCAGUGCCAAACAGGUUGGAGACUCAUAAAAGGACAAUUUCACAAAGACUGGUCUCAAGAGGGAAAACAAAUCUUUUAUCUUAGUCACUGAACUAACCUAACAUUACACAGUUCAGUUUUGCCGAUAAACACUGUUGACUGUAAGAUGCCCAAGCUUGUUCCCUGAGCAGUGCUUACCUCUCUGUACAUGGU